AUGUUUUCCCCAAACAAAAUCAUAGAUCCAAGAUCUGCAACCAGUAGUAGGGAGAAGAAGAUGCCUAACAAGCUUUACUCUAAGAGAGGUAGGAGAAAGGGGACAGAUCGAUCUGCUGCGCCGAAAAAAUCGCGAGGGUCAGGAGGAAUCGGAGGGUCGGAGCAGAGAUCUCAACAAGCAGAUCUAGAGGAAGGGUUGACGGUGGCGGUUCAGGAGGAGGGGGAAGGAGCAACAGUGACUCUGAAACUGGAGAAGUCAUCAUCAACUCUAUGGAAGAAAGGAAAAGGAGGGAGAAAGAAGAGUUUCUCACCGGUGGGCGAGAGGCCAGACCGGCGGCGGCAAAACAAGGUGCAAAACCCUAGUCGCCUUGGAGUCGCAAGGAGAGAGAACGAUUUUUAUUCUGUGUAUACUGCAAGUUUGUAUAUUUGUUAA